GCUUGAAAGUUCUAUUGCUUUAGCUCCUCCGCCAAACUUAGACUCGUCUCUCGCGUCUUACAUAUUUUCAUCUUGUGCACGAUGGCAUUCCCACCGGCCAAAGAGUUUUCCUCAGAGGAUGUCAUUGACCACAUUUGGAUCCUCCAGAGAUUUUGUGCUUUGAUUGACCAUGUCAAAUCGCCAGGGCCUUAUGCUGCCACGUAUCCCACAUCACACACGGAUUCAGUGCCCACCAAAAGCUCGAACAAACAAUGGAGGCUCCAGGCCUUCUUGAUGAACGCCGAGGUCCGGUAUUCAUUUUACCUCCGAUUUCUCGAGAACUGGAUUCUGGAACACAGCCCGGCUGCGGGAGGGAAGGACUGGCCACUCCCGCCCUGGGAUGUCGCCCUCAUGUUCUACAUUCACAUGCUCUCGCCCCAGCGGUUCAAGAAGGAUAUGGAUGUCGAGUAUCCGCGCCUGUGGAAAGCUCGCAUCUCCUUCCCUCUCGCUCGGCUGAGGAAACACCCACGUAACGACGAGUCGUCGCAGCGACGAUGGGAGGCCAUGUAUCCCAGCAUUCCCUACCAAGUUUUCGAGUUUGCCGCCGACGGCGGGGCUCCGCGUAUCUCGACAAAAGUCCCAUGCGCGCUCGACCUCCGUGGUUACAAAUGCGGCUCCGUCCACUGCGCCACCAACGCGCAGAGAGGUAAGAGGCAGAUUAUCCCCAUGGCCGAAUGGUCUGCCUACCGCCUCGCCAAGCGUCACAGCCCAGCUUGUCCCUCGUGCAAGACAAGCUUUUCGUCAGCUCUUGGGGGUUACAACUCGGAUUUUGCACGUUUUUGCAAGGCCGUGUUUGGGCAGCACGUGUUUGGGCUCUGGGACGCACCGCUGCGCCAGCUCGGCUUCAUUGAGCGGAUCCUGGCCGAGGUCAUCACAGUUUCAACGGUCCAACUCCAGGCCUACCAGGACCGCUACCUCAAGUUCCUGGGGUUGAUCAAGGACAACCCGAAAGCCGUUUUUGUUCCGACGCUCGACAUUGACCUCAUCUGGCACACCCAUCAGCUAUCGCCUGCUGCCUACGACGCCUACUGCCGCGCCCACGUCGGCCGUCCGGUUAACCAUGACGACACUAUCGCCGCGCCUGGCCGGUCCAGCGCCCUGGACGAUACCAAACGGCGCUGGGCGCUGACAUACCACGAGCUAUUCCUGGGUGGCCCUGCCGAGGUUGCCGCUCUGCUGCAGGAGAAAUCGGCCCUCUACGCUGCUAAAUGCAAGGAAAGAGAGCGGCGCCUCGCGGCGUUUGACAGUGAGCAUGACACACCAGGCAUGCUGCUCGAUAUGAAGAACGCGAAAAACGUGGCCAUGGUCGAGCUAAGCAAGGAGGCGACAAUCAGGAGUGAGCUUGAUGUCCUGUCCCAUACAUUUCGGGCGUGCGUGCGGGCGCGGGACGGUGUGCGGCCAAGGGUUAAGGUCUUCAAGUACAAGUACUAUUCCAAAAAGAGUCGAGAUGAGCUGAGACGGAGGGAUGCCGAGGUUCUCGAGGCCGGAAAUCAAAAGACCGAGAGGGAGGGGGAUCUGGGCGAGCAGCGGAAGAUCGCAGCCGAAGCUGUGGCAGCUAAGAAUACGCAAGAAGUUCGCUGGCGGAAGGUUCAAGCCGAGAGAUCCGUCCUAGAGGCGGAGUUGGCAGACCAGGUGGCAAUAGCUGAAAAAGCCGUUGUCAAUGAGUGUGUCGCCCGGGCGGAUCAGCUGAGAGGUGACGUGCUGGGAAGGGGCAUGUUGUGUGUGGUGCCGUCCGAAGCUCAAAUCAUGGCGGCCCCAGUGGUGGGGAAAUGGCGCCGUGCCACACCAGUGAAGUGUUGGGGAGCUGGAUUGGGAUAUACAAAACCUGGGUCUCUGAGAGGAGGUUCAUUCGGCGGGAACGCGUUCGGCCCGGACCAUCGAGGUGAUUACGGAGGGUGCGGGGGUGACGGAUGGGGUCGACCUGGAGGGAGUGACGCCAGCAGUGGUGGUUUCGGAGGCGGUGGUGGAGGUGGUUGCGGCGGUGGUGGUGGGAGUAGUGGUGGUGGUGGUUGCGGUGGAGGAGGU